CAUGUGUUAUUGAUGUGUUUAGAAACACAGGCAGACUUGUAUUUCUGAACUCCUCGCAGGAGCUUUAUUGCGCGCCCCCGUGCUCACUUUUGUCCUGUGCGCGCGUCCCCGCCUGUGACCGUGUUGUGUGUGCGCUUGGAGCAGUUGUCGGUCGGGUCUGAGCUCUGUGGGUCCUCACACACACACACGGAGACAUGGGCGCACUGUGAUUAUCUCUUUUUUUCAUGAAAACCCUCAGCCAGGAUUUCACUUUACAACAACUCUGGCGUCCCUGCAGGACUUUCUUGCGCGUUUUUUCCCCUCAUGAGUGGCUGAGAGUCCAGUUCCCACAGACGAGCAUGCUCUUAUCAUUGUCUUUGUUUGAUAGGACACGGGAUUAAAGCAGCCCGCUGUAGUAGAAGGAGGCUAAUUUACACUGCAGCCCCAACUUUUUUCUCGGGGCAGGGAUGUCUUCUGCUCGGGUGGAAUAUGUUCAGCCCUGGUGGACCUACUGGCUGCACAAUUUCCCCCACAUCAACCUGAGGUUUCAGCCCAUUGACAACACCUUCCUGCCUGAAGACGAGAACUACCAGCAGUCUCUCAUAUUCCUGGGCUGUGUGGCGGCUGCGGGACUCGGCCUUAACCUGCUGUGUCUGGCCAUCUACCUAAGCUGUCUGUGCUGCUGCCGCAAGGAUGAAGAGGAGGAGAGUAAGAGACCUAACUCCUGCUGUGUCACCUGGUCGGCUGUCGCUGCUGGACUCAUCACAUGCGUCGCAGUGGGUGUGGGCUUCUAUGGCAACAGUGAGACAAAUGAUGGCGUGUACCAGUUGACCUACUCCCUCUACAAUGCCAAUCACACGCUGGGCGGCGUGGACAGUCUGGUGACUGGCACCAUGGGCAGCAUGAAGAGCGGCCUGCAUAUGCACCUUGCAAGGUUGGACGAGAUCUUCGCCACGCGAGGGGACUACGUGCAGACCCUGCAGUUCAUGCAGCAGAUGGCGGACAACGUGAUCAAACAGCUGCUGGGGCUGCCCGACUGGGAGGACGCUAAAGUGGACCUGGCAGCCAUCGCUGAUCAAACGGCACACAUAGAGUACUACAGGUGGCUCAUGUACCUGCUGCUCCUCAUCGUGGACCUGAUCAUCUGCCUGCUGGCCUGUCUGGGUCUGGCCAAACAGUCUCGCUGGCUGCUCACCACGAUGAUGGUGUUUGGAGUGCUGACGCUGGUCCUGAGCUGGACGUCUCUGGGAGCUGACCUGGCCACUGCUGUGGGCACGAGUGAUUUCUGUGAGUGCCCCGACAAGUUCAUCUUGAGCCAAACUAAGUCUCUCAUUGGUGCUGAUAUUGUUCAUUACUACAUGUACUGCAACCACACUCUUGCCAACCCAUUCCAGCAGCCUCUAACCAUCUUCCAGAGAUCCCUGACUACUAUGCAGAUCCAGAUCCAGGGUCUGCUGCAGUUCGCUGUGCCUCUCUUUCCUACAGCUGAGAGAGACCUGCUGGGUAUCCAGCAAGUGCUCAACUCCUCGGAGGCCAGCCUGCACCAGCUGACCGCCCUACUGGACUGCAGGGGGCUCAACAAGGACUACCUUGAUGCAAUGGUGGGGGUGUGCUAUGAUGGGGUGGAGGGUAUGCUCUACCUCUGCCUGUUCUCCAGCCUGGCAGCCUGUGCCUUCACUGUCAUGCUGUGUGCCAUUCCCCGGGCGUGGAGACAAAUGGCCUGCAGGGAAAGAGAUUACGACGACAUAGAUGAGGAGGACCCAUUCAACCCCCGGGCCAGGAGGAUAGUCGCCCAGAACCCCAACCUCACCAACAUGCACAGCUUCUGCAGCUACAGCAGCAGCAUGGGCAGCCAGAGCAGCCUGCACCGGCCCGCACCGGCUCUCACCAACGCCCCCAUGUCUGAGUACAUGAACCACACAGUGCUGUUUGGGGGAAAUCCACGGUACGAGAACGUGCCUCUGAUAGGACGAGGCUCUCCGCCCCCCUCGUACUCCCCCAGUAUGAGGGCCACCUAUCUGUCCAUGACCGAGGAACAGAGAAGACACUUUGGGAACGACUUCCAAGCAUAGACUUCUUUAGCUGUGUGAGGAUGGAAACAGCAUCACAAAGACACAUUCACACUCAACAGACAAAGAGUGGACCGUGUGUAACAUGUUGUUGGUCCUGGAUGGUGCAGUGCCAGAGACAGAGGAACCACUUCUGUGUGCUCGUAAAUGAUUAAUCACACUUUUCUGUCCAAAGUCAUGUGUGGAGCAACUCGCUUAAUACUUCUGACGUGCUGUCAACUUUAACCUGCUCUCAACGUGUUGUGUUAUUCUGCUUGACAUGCUGUCAUCAAUUGCUGAAGCAUUGUGGGAAAAAAGGUGAGAUGGCAAAUAUGUGACUUUUACCUUAGUUAUUUAGUUUAAAUUUUGAAAUAAAUCAGAUAAUUAAUGACUGAUCAAAUAGGUGAUGAAAGCAGCUUGAGGAGUUCUCAAUAGAAUCAAAAAUAAAAAGACAAUUUUGAAAUGACCCGCCUCUCCUGCUAUAGCACAUUUUUAAAAAUUCAAAUUCAGGCCUCCGAAGAAACAAAAUGUGAGCGUGACAGCUGGUGUAAACACGGCAUAUUAUUUCUAUGUUUUGUGCUCCAGGCUUUUUAUUUAUGAGGCACAAAGCCAGCAGUGGCAGCACACAGCAGGCGGAAGAGGCUUUGUUGAGGUAUAAUUUAUUUACAUUCACACACAGGCAUGCCUCGAGUGAAGCUUUGUGUUUCUGGAGAUGGCACUACAUUGAGACCAAGGCUUCUGUAUAUAUGAUGUACAAUAACAGACUGUUGUUGCAUUCUGAUGUGGUUCAUUUUGAUUUUGUUGGAAAAAUGUGCCAUUUUUAUACUUUUGUUUUCUCCUAGAUUUGAGUGUCGAUUUCACAUAGGAUCACUGUUUUUCUGGUAUAUCCUAAAGGGCAAAUAAUACAUGUUUUGCAUAUCUAACCCUGCUAAUAAUAAAAAGGUAGUUUCUGUCAUAACUCGGGAAGCUGUGCUCCUCUAACAGUGAUAAUUAGAAUAUUCUGGCAAUAUUUCUAUGAAUUCAAACCAUUUAAACAUGACAUGUUUGCAUUGACUAACCAUGAUUUUCUGUAGAGUAUUAAAUACAUGCGGUUUUGUUAAUUAUUUUUUUAACUUUCAUUUCUUUCAGCAUGUUACAUUGUACAGGCACUAUUGGUGGUGCUUAAUUUUGUGUGUGACCUGAAACUUUGAGGUCUAACUGUGAGUUGAAUAAAUCAGUUUUGAGUAUAA